AUGGAGGAUGGAGUUAUGCAGCUCCAGCCAGGGCGCAGUGUAGGGUUCAUGACUCUCGGAUGCUCCCUACACGAAGUACUGACGACUAUCAAAGCCGAAGUCAAGGCCUUUCCACGAUUUCAGCUCUACCACGACGAGUUGCGACCUAUCUCAUCCCCCGUCCAAGUCGUUCUUCCGGACAACGGUCUGCGACUACAGUUCGACGGCCCUGACCAGCGGCUGCGCCUCAUCGAAGUGCUCGAUUUCGCAAAAGCCAAGUUGGUAUACAAGGAUAUCGAGGUGUAUAAACCCGGUGAAGUAGGCUUCUCAGGCGGCGUGUCAGGACCAAGGUUCCGGCAUGUUUACGACAAGCUUCUAGGACCGACGUAUGGCGGAGAGUACAUACCCCCAAAGUCAGAAGACCCAAACGCCAGAGGCACCUACAACCUGUCGUAUCCGGGAAUAGCUUUCAACUUUUCGGUUCAGCACUCUGCAUACUCCCCGAAGAAGGACUUCAUCUCGCUCCUGUCCUCGUCGGCUACAGGUCCCGCGACUUCCAUGGCAGUGUUCAAUGGUGAAUCGUGGCAGAAAGCUCGUGGAACGCUUUUCACAGCAACACCGCCAAAUCCGAGAUCGCUAGCCCUAGGCAAAGCAAAAGAUGGUGGUCCAGACGAGAUCGAAACGGUCAAAGUACACGGAGAAGGUAGAAUAGAGUUUGUCCGGCGGUCUAGUCCUCCGUUCUGGAUUACUCUUAGCGAAACCACACCACAGGACUUGAUCAUGGAGCUUGGCGCCCCCGACUCCAUCUAUCGCAAGAAUGAUCAUCGGCUAUCGAUACAUAAAGAUCGGAGGACGAGCGAUGCAUCGGAUCUCUCGCCUGGCGGACUUACUCCAGACGAUGACUCAGACCACGGCUCGGUGAUCAGAAGCGAUAACGAAGAUGCAUGGGAGGAUGAUGACGAAGCCGCACUAGAGGCUCAGGAGCGAGAAGUUGCAGCGGCCGAGCACUUCUACAACUAUUACCACCACGGCUUCGACAUCUUGAUUUCACAGCCUACGCAGAUCUCACCACCCUCUCCUACUGCAGAGAGACGGGAGUCGGAGCUGCACAGCCAAGGCGAGCUCAGCGCGCAACCUCUGAACCAUCUUACUGCGACUAAGAUCAUAUUCCAUGGUAACGUGCCUGGUUCCUAUCAGUUUAAUCGGCAUAGACGAAGCAGAUGGACGCUCGAGCAUGUGCCCUCAGCUAUGUACCGUGAUCCCCUCAGUUCCGAAAUGGGCUUUGGAGACAUCUCAGGCAGAUUGAAGGAAGUCUUCAAGCCAUAUUACGAGAACGAAGAGCAGGAGAGACUACAGCAACGUGGCAUGGCCCUGAACAGAGGCUGGGGUGACAGUCCAGGUAGCAGUUGUGAGCUACUUGGAGGAUGGGAGGAUAGCUCUGGGAAGAAGAGCAAGUUUGCGAAUGCUGGCAGUGUCUUGAUGGAGGGUGCUGCGGAUGUUGGAAAUGUAGAGCUGUUUGGCUUUCCGGGCAUGGUAUUCGAAGUGUUGAAGAACGGAGCUUGUGGCGAGGUUACGCACACAAGCCAGUCUGCUCGAGGCAUAAGUGCUGGAUAUGUAGCACAAGUAUCAGACUGGUACAUGUCAACAUUAUCCUACUGUGGUAUCGUAAAUUCCAGCAGCAUAAGACUCUAUCUCCGUGCUAUCACCGAACCGAGCCGUACCAUCACCGAUGAGUGGUCGAUCCAAAAAUAUUGGAACUCCAACCACCACUUCCCCGCCGAUUUGCCCGCCCAGGAUGCUAUUAUGCUAACUCCAACACGCAUCCUCCGCGCAUCAUGGUCCAACACCCUCCGACUACCAAAAUCUAGUUUUCCGCCGCGACCGUUAGCGUCAACGAACCCAACCUACCUGAAACGAUGCACCGAUGACCUGUAUGCGUGGCAGGCGAGCCCCGAACGCGUUAUACGUUAUGGACAUUUGGAGAAGCGGUUGAAUGAACAAAAUGGCGAGAAAGAAGGCAGUGCGCCGAGAGAGAGUUUUACUCUGCAUGAUGGACCCCCAUACGCCAAUGGCCCGUUGCACAUUGGCCAUGCAUUGAAUAAGAUCACCAAGGACAUCAUCUGUAGGCAUGAGGUUGGACAAGGAAAGAAAGUGUCGUACAUUCCUGGCUGGGACUGCCAUGGUCUGCCUAUCGAGAUCAAGGCUCUCCAGGCGCAAAAGAAAGAUGCGGCGCAAGCAGAUCCUGUAAGCGUGCGGGACGCAGCGCGCGAAUUGGCAACCCGGACAAUCGAGGAACAGAAGAAGGGAUUCAAAGAAUGGGCUGUCAUGGGCGACUGGGACAAUGCGUAUCAGACAAUGGAGCGUGGUUUCGAGAUUAGACAACUGGAGGUCUUCAAGGCCAUGUUCGAGAAGGGCUUGAUCUACAGGCAGUUCAAACCCGUAUACUGGAGCCCAAGCUCAAGGACAGCGCUUGCGGAAGCUGAAUUAGAAUAUGACGAGGGGCAUAAGAGCUUGGCUGCUUUCGUGCGGUAUCCUAUACACCUAUCGGAGACACUGAAGAACGGGGCGCUGAAGGGUGUUGACGGUGAGGUUAGUGUAGUCAUCUGGACAACCACACCCUGGACUUUACCCGCGAACAAGGCGAUCGCGGUGCACAGGGAUAUGCAUUACUGUGUAGUCAAGGACGCUGAGAAAGGUGGCGAGCUGAUCCUUGUUGCGGCUUCACGAGUAGCGGAAUAUGAGAAAAUCCUUGAAAGGAAGCUCGAGAUCGUUGUAGCAGAUGUGCGCGGAUCAGACAUCGCCGAACAGGCGCAGUACGAGAAUCCAUUUCAGAAGGCAAACGGACUGCAGCCUAUAAUUCAUGCGGACUUUGUCACUGACUCCUCGGGUACUGGGCUGGUUCAUCUCGCUCCUGGACACGGUAUGGACGAUUACAACGUUUGCAUGUCGCUCAACGUUCCAGCUUUUGCGCCUAUAGAUGAUGCUGGUGCCUUUACAAAGGAUGCUUUCCCGGAACAGCCCGAGCUUCUGGAAGGACUGCCUGUUGCUGGUAUCAAGAAAUCGGGUAGCAAUGCUGUGUGCAACUAUCUCCAGAAGCUCGACAUGCUCCGAGGCAAGCAGAAUUACCGCCACAAGUAUCCCAUCGACUGGAGGACCAAGGAGCCUGUCAUCACACGAGCUACCGAGCAGUGGUUUGCGAACGUAGAGGGUAUCAAGGAUGCCUCGAUGAAGGCGAUCGCUGAUGUCAACUUCAUGCCUGCGACUGGUAGAAGUCGUCUUGAGAGCUUUAUCCAGGGACGAAGCCAAUGGUGUAUCUCGCGACAGCGCGCUUGGGGAGUCCCUAUCCCUGCACUAUACAAGGUCGAGGGCGAUACUCUGAAAGCGACUAUGGACUCUGAAACCAUCGAUCAUGUCAUUGAAGUGAUAAAAGAACGUGGCAUCAACGCGUGGUGGACGGAUGCACAAGAUGAUCCAGCCUGGAAGCCGAAGCAUCUUACCGGAACGUACGUGCGUGGUAGAGAUACCAUGGAUGUCUGGUUCGAUAGCGGUACCAGCUGGAAGCUUCUUCCAGAGCAAAAGGAUAAGCCUGUUGCCGAUGUUUACCUUGAAGGCACCGAUCAACAUCGCGGAUGGUUUCAGUCGUCACUUCUCACACACGUCGCUACCCAGUCUUAUUCGACCGAGACUGUCAAAGCACCAUACAAGACUCUUAUCACUCACGGCUUCACGCUCGACUCCGAUGGUCGCAAGAUGAGUAAGUCUCUUGGUAACGUCAUCUCUCCAAUGCAGAUCAUGUCAGGCGAGCUCCUUCCACCGGUCAAGCGGAAGAAGCAGAAGGGCGUCAAGCAAGAUCCCGCAGCAAAGAACACGCCAACAUAUGAUGCUAUGGGCGCUGAUGCGCUUCGCCUCUGGGCCGCAAGUAGCGACUACACGCGCGAUGUCACAAUUGGCCAGCCUGUCUUGAUGUCCGUAAACCAAGCUCUACAUAAGUACCGUGUUACCUUCAAAUGGUUGCUAGGCAUCUUCUCUCUGCCAUCUUGCCCGCCGCCCUUCACUUCCUUCAACGAGCUCACACCCAGUAUCAUUGAGUUCAAAGAACUCACAGAUCGCCUCGCCAUUCAUCGACUUGUACAGGUCAGUGCGGAAGUGCACAACCACUUCGGAAGAUAUGAGUUCUUCAAGGGUGUCAACGCGAUCAACAAGUACAUUUCCAUGGAUUUGAGUGCUUUCUACUUUGAAACGCUCAAAGACCGCGUCUACACUAGCGAUAAGAAUGACUGCGAAACGCUCCAGCGUGUUUUGGGGCUCAUUUUCUACGAACUUCUGCAGAUGCUUGCUCCAGUGUGUCCGCUGCUUGUAGAAGAGGUCUGGGAUCAUCUUCCUGCUGAGCUCAAAGAGAAGAGUAGUCACCCUGCACGCGCAGUUUGGUCGCCUCUUCCUGCGCUCAAGGAGUCUGAAUCGGCAUGUCUGGAGUCUAUGAAUGAGACUACAAGUACAUUGGGAGCUGCUAUCAAAAUUGCGCAAGAGCGUCUCCGCGCAGAUAAGAAAAUUGGUUCGAGCUUAGAGAGCGCAGCUACGGUCUAUCUACCAGCUUCCAAUGCUGAGAAGCUGCACGCGGAGUUUUCGGCGUGCCUGCAACCCUCCACUCCCAGGCCCAUGGACGUCGAAACUCAACUUGCUGGCCUUUUCGUCAUUAGCGAGGUUAACCUUCGCACGCUGUCUGAUUCCUCCGCUCCUGCGAACAGCAUUUUCGCAGCCGAGGAUCCCGACGCGGUAAAGCAGCAUUUACAGUGGUAUGAGGAAGAAGCACUUUCGAGCGAUAGCGGAGUGUUUGGUACGGCGAAAGUGCUUGUUCAUCCACCUAGUAGAGAGAAGUGUCCAAGGUGCUGGCGCUUCGUUAAGGAGGAGCGUGAGGAGGUCUGUGGAAGGUGCGGGGAUGUUGUCUUGCAGCAGGAUCGCGUGUAG